AUGUCUGACUUUGGUGAUGAUGAUGUCGGCGGAGGCGACGAGCCCAUGUACGAGGACGAGGCGGCCGACUACUGGGACCCCGAGGUGCCCGCUGAUGACGAGGAUGUCGGACGGGCCGAGGGUGAUGAGGAUGCCGAUAACGUGGUUGUGUCGGGAGACCCGUCGGCUGCGGCGAACGCGGGCAAGGGAAACGAGAAGUCGCACCGCGACAAGAAGAUCCCCGAUGAUCAGCGGACUACAACGCCAUACAUGACCAAGUACGAGCGUGCCCGCAUUCUCGGCACGCGCGCGCUCCAAAUUAGUAUGAAUGCGCCGGUGUUGGUGGACCUGGAAGGAGAGACGGAUCCUCUUCAAAUCGCGAUCAAGGAGCUCCGAGAGAAGAAGAUCCCUCUUAUCGUACGCCGGUACAUGCCCGAUGGAUACUACGAGGAUUGGACUUGCGAGGAGCUUCUCCAGUAA